AUGUCUCUAUUUGGAAACCAAUCGCAGUCCGGCGGCCUGUUUGGCUCGACCGCAAAUAAACCCAGCCCCUUUGGCGGCGGCACCAGCGGCGGUGGUCUCUUUGGCUCCAAUACCUCCGGCAACCAGCAGAGUGGAGGGGGCUUAUUCGGCUCCACGCAGAACCAGCAGGGCUCGACGGGUGGUGGACUGUUCGGUUCUUCCACCGCGACGUCGCAGCCCCAGCAGACCGGCGGGCUUUUCGGCAGCACAACGACUACGACGCAGAAUCAGCCGCAAACCGGUGGUCUCUUCGGAUCGACAACCCAGCAGAAACCCCAGACCGGCGGGGGUCUUUUCGGCGGUGGGCUCGGCCAGACGCAGACACAGCAACAGCCUCAACAGCAACAGACGGGUGGUGGGCUGUUUGGGGGUACCUUGGGACAGCAGAAACCUCAAGGCGGAGGCCUUUUCGGAAGCACCUUAGGUGGUGGACAGCAACAAACGACGCAACAGCAGGGUGGGGGCCUCUUUGGUGGACUGGGUCAGACUCAACCGCAGCAACCGCAGCAGCAACAGAGUCUCUUUGGGGGAUCCCUCCUCGGAGGUCAGCAACAACAGCAGCAGGCUCAACAACAGCCGCAACUGGGCCAGACCACGACGCAGCAGCCGGGAUCGAGUCUUUGGUCCCCUGGUCGUGCCGUCACUGGAGUGCACCGAACGGUCCCGAUGCAGAUGCAAAUCGUCAAGGAUAAGUGGGAUGCUGCGAACCGCGCCUCUCCAUUCCGCACGUACCUGUACAACAACGUCGGCGAGGACAACGCUCCGUUCUAUCAACCCGGACCCGAAGACGACGAAACUAAAUGGGAGGACGCGCUGCGGAAGAGGCCGGGCCCAGGCUACGUGCCCGUCUUGGUGAAGGGAUUCUGGGAGCUGGGCAAGCGAGCGCAGCGCCAGAAGGACUUCCUCACGAUGAUGCAGACUCGCCUCCACGAGAUCAACAACUGUCUGUCCGACUUGCUAUCUCGCCAUGACCUGAAGAUCUCGGUCAAGAUUGCCGAUUGUCGCCGCAAGCAUCUGGUGCUGAGCAAGCGCUGUUUGGCUCUCGCCGCCAAGACGCAGGUCCUGCGGAACCGGGGUUAUGCGAUGGACGAUGCAGAAGAGGAAUUGAAGAAGAAGCUUGCUCAACUGGAGCGUUCUGUCUUCGAUCCGUCGUUGAAUGGUCGCGCGGAGGAGAUCUGGGCUCGAAUGCUUGCGAUCCGGGAGCAGUCGAAACGCCUACAGUUGGAGAUUGAGCGGGCUGGACCGAGCGCCGCGGCGCAGGCCGAGGAUGAGCUGGACGAGACCACGAUGAAGGCUGCUAAGAAGAUCCUGGAUGACUACCAUGCCCAGAUCCAGCACCUGCAAAAGGAGCUGGUAGCGGUGAAGAAGGAUUUCGAAGAAGCCGAGAAGCUCCAAGGCGGGUUGGAUCAUUAA